CGUGAUGGGGCUUCAUAUGGUGGAGAAUAUGAACCUCCGAUUCAUGGUAAAGAAAAUAAAGCUUUUACUAGAAGUGUAUAUGACACGAAUUUUUUUAAAAGCAUAAACUGACUUUUGUCUUGAGAUUAGUGUAAUUAACAAUUCUAACCGUUUUAAAUGUGUCUCCCAAAAAAUUUCAUGAACUUUGGCGAUCAGAAAACUGCUUUUUCCCCUUCACAAAUGUCCCAGCAACUGGGAACGAGUAAAGGAUCAAAGAAAGGUUGAUGACGUCAUGUGACGUCAGUUGAUUUGUUCAGCCCUGGUCAUUAUAUUGCUUUGUGUUUUGUGGAAUUAAGCCAUUUAUCCGACUGUAACAAAGGUAUAGCCACAUGAUUGGGGAGUUGUCGACAACCACAAUCCUUUGUAAUAAGCUGCCACCACCUUUUAAAUUAUUAGAUACAUUCUUGACAUUCUUGUAAAUCAUUCUACAUUAUACUUAUAAAUUUGGUCACCCAAUUUGACUGACGUUUUUAAAGGCAAAUUUGUGUGUUUUGAAGACAAAAAAAGGUUUUACAAGAUUUUUAACAAGUUGAAAUCUUGGAUAAUGUUCCAUAAAAAAUAUUACAGGGUUUUCACCAAGAAUUCUAGUGGCAGGAGAAAGGUGUAACGUUAAAGGAGAAUAUCAUGAUAGAGGCCCCAUUUCUGAAUAAAAAAAAUAGUCAGAGGUUACUGAACAUUUGCCAGAGAAUUCUGCAUAGUUGACAGAGAAUUCUCUGAUAUCUGAUGCCCAAUUGACACCUUCAGUGGUAAUGAUGAACAAAAGUGUUGGGUUGUAGUUGGAGUUUCUUUCCAAAUGUUUCGGGCCUGACCCUUCAACAGCAGAGUUACAAGUACAUUAGUCCUUGCAAGGUUUGCGUACGCCAUGAAAGAUAAAAAUGAACACUCAGCAAAAUUUGUAGUCUGCGUGGCCUAGAGGAAAUGCAAGUUAGAGACAAGCGGCACAGAUGACUGGUUCCAAGUUGAACAGUCAGGCGCAUCUCAAGGUGCCUCCUUUGUGUGUUUUCCCUGCUGAGCAUAAUUCCGUGAUCAAGAACAUUGUUGAUUGAGUGACCAGCCAUGUUACAAUGUUCCACGAAAGGGAAACCCAGCAAGUUCUUCUUGAUGCUUCAAAGGUGCUUGCCAAAACGUUGUCUCAGUAGUUUUCUUCAUCACUACUUUAAUUUUUUAUUGAACAUUCUCGUACUUACUUUCUAAAGUGUCACACAGCUUAUCAGUAUUUUUUUUCGCUGUUAUUUGUUUGAAAUCUUGGAUACAUGUACAAAUUUUACAUAUAUUUAAGAAUUAAAAAAGACAAAUAAAGAAAUUUGUGUCAUAUACACUUUAAAGCAAUGGUACACAGUACAUGGCAGGUAUCUGACUGGCAAAAGUGAUGAAAACAUUUUAGUUUGAAGUAAUAGCCAAUUGUGACAAAAAUAUUGUCUCGUAUGCUCAAAAACUUGUAUUGUAGAAUAAAGUGCAGCAAACAAGGAAUUUUCUUUUCUUUUUUUUAUAAACUGCUUGCGAGUGUUGUUAUUCCAGGACUGCCUGACAAUUCAAGCUGUAAUUGUGGGUUGAUAGCAGACAUUGAUUAAUGCCAUAGUGUUUGUUGUGUGUUUAGCGUACUUACAGACAUAGAUUUAGCAAACCUCUAAGUGGCAUUUAUAAAGCUGCAGAAUGUGACAUCCUCUUCUCUAUUCACCAGUUUUUUUUAAAUUUAAUGAUUGUGAAGUUCAUUUUGUAAACCUCUUUUUUUUUCAGGUCAGAUGUAUGAUACUGCUCCAGAAACACCCACUUAUACGUACAGUGUUCCUGAAGAGAUCAGGCGAUUCAUUCAUUUCUUUCACCAACAUGUCACUGAGCAGGUACAUGUAAUUAUCAGAUAGAAAAGGUUUACUUCAUGGUAAAUUUAUAAAAAGACUGACCUUACCUUAAUUCACUUCACAAAACAAAUUAUACAAUGUAUAUUGUACACCAACAAGUGCCAUUGCUAGGGCUACAUGAUAAAUCAUACCCUGCUUGACAGGUGUACACUGGCUAAAUAAAUCGUGCCUUUUACAGCGAAGAAAUACCAUAAAAUUCCAAAAUUAAUCCCUUCCAUGUAUAAGCCCCUCCAAAUAUAAGCCCCCCAAACUUGUAAUGCAAAAAACUCUCAGUUAAAUUGCCCCUCCAAAAAUAAGCCCCCCAGGGACGUGUACUUGGAAAUUGCCCUCAAAAUUAAUACAAAGUAAAACAAAGCAAAAACGGUAAAUUUCCUUCCAACUGUAAGGCUAGCCCAAUUGAUUUUGAAAUGCAAAUAUAUAACCCCCUCCGAAUAUAAGCCCCUCCAAAAAUAAGCCCCUCAAAAGGGCCUUUGAAAAAUGUAAGCCCCGGAGCGUAUUUUCGGAAUUUUUCAGUAUUUUAAAAGUGAAAUGGAUUCAUGAGAUUUCAAUGGUUUUUAUAUAGUAAAUAGAACAUUAAAUGGGUGCUUGGAGAUACAAAAUUUCUCUUCUUGUGUUGAACAUUUAUUUUUCAUCAGUAGAAGAGAAAUUUUAUAUCUCUGCACGGCCAAGUAAUAUCCUCUAUGUCUGCUUUAAAACAUGGACUGUUUAUCAAUCAACAAUUAACUUAGGCUCUUAUUGUUAAAAAAGUCAUUUCAAUUACAACUGCAGUGCUUUGCUUGCCCAUUAAGUUACUCACUGCGGCUGCAUAUGUACAGAAAAAUUAUCACACACAACUCAUAUUUUAAUAUUUUGUUUUCACCAGAAUGUUUAUGAAAUUCAGUCCAUUUACGAAACAGGGUAAGUUAUACAACUGGUGUGAAAACCUAUAAAAGCCCUGCCAGCUUCUAAUAAAGCUUUCACCCCCUUUUAUUUAUUGUGAUCAUGAUAGGGAUGACAGGAUAGUUCAUGUAUAAGAAACGUACAUGUAACUGAAUCAAACUGAUAAAACUUGUACAAAAAUUUUGGAGUUAUCAGAUUAAGUCAAUAACUACAGUAAAAAAAUUAAAAAACUGGGCCCAGUUGUUCGAAUGACGGUUAGUGCUAACCUGGGGUUAAAUAUUAACAUGGGUUUCUUCUUCUUUUUAUCAAAAAACACUUUCUCAGAUAAUUUUCUCUAUUCUCUCUAGAGUAUCCAAUCAUCAGAUUGUAGGUAAAGUGAAUUAAACUGAAUUUGCUUUUUAAGCUCUCAUACUUGAGAUCAAAUUUCGCAUUAACCCUGGGUUAUCUUAACCCAGCUUCGAACAACCCGGCCCUGAUGUUUUAUAUAAUACAGUGCAAACCCUUUGUCAGAGUGAAUCAAGGGAUAGUUGGUUAUGUGUGGAUUAUAUAUCGAAUGAUGGAGCAAUGCUGUUGGUGUGAACAUAGUACAUGUAACAUAAAAACAUAGAUAGAUUGGUUGAAUUAAAAGCGUUCAUUGAUUACGUUAUGAUAUAGAAUACUGAUUCGAAGGAUAAGUCGCUGUUCUAGAUUUUUUUGGCUUUCUGUCUUGCCUUGGUGUAGGGAGAAACUACAGAUUGCCAUGGUUUGGCUAGAUUGAGUUGGUCCAAAGUCAAAAUUAAAUGCUUGGUUGCAUUUUUUUUUUUUUUACCAUAAAACACAGGUCACCAAUUUGGCAACUUUCACUGCAAUUUUAGUCACCAAAUUUGUGUUCUACUCACCAUGAUGACCAAAACUAUUAAAACUUGGAGCUGGCUUUGAUACAUUUCUGUUAUUCACUCCCUAAUCUGAUUUUAACUGUUUUGAUUUACGCACAUUAAAGUUUGCAGUGAUGAUUUGCCCUAACAUUCAAAAAUGGUUAUAUGCAGAAUAAAGGUUAUAAAGCCUCCCUUCUAUGAAGCCUCUGGUGAUUAAGUGUCAUGAUAGUAACAACAGCCCAGCUCAUUCUCAUUCAGUUCAUUUGUGGUUUAGUCAGUCUGUCUUCCUCCCCUGUUGAUCCUUCUAUGUCAGAAAUAUCCUCAUUGCUCAUUGCUUUUAUUACUUUGCUUUUCAAUUUAAUCAAUGUAGCUUCAACAAAUUAACUGAAAGGCAUUAUGAAAAGUCUCCAUGGCCUGAUGCUGAAUAUGUUGCCUCUAUUGUGAAUGGAGGUAAACUUCACUCUUUUAACAGUCAAAUUUGAUAAAGUUUAAUCCACUUCUAUCAUUGUGAUUUUGCACUGUCUUCUUGUAUUUUGCAGUUUUCAGCUAUAGUUUUAUACUGUGUAGUGUGUUUGGUUUGAAAUUAGAAAUAUUUACUUUCAAUUUAACUAAAAUGAUGGUUAUUGUUUUUAUACCAGACCCUGUGUUCUUAAUUCUUUACAAAGAAUUAUACUACAGACAUAUCUACAACAAGUUGAAGGUAAUGAAUGCCUUUGCUAAUAAUCUAGUAAAUGUGUCUGAGGUACCAAUCACUAGAUAACCCUGUUCCCAACCCAAUGAUAUUAGAUUAGCAUGGAAAUUAAGUUAUAAUAGCUUUGCUUAUUAAAAAUUUUAACCUAAAUUAACUAGGACCUAUAACAUUAUACACUGUAGGUACACAAGAUACCUAACAAAUUUAGUAGGUAUUAGGGUUGAGUGAUGCAUGUAAACUGGAAGGAAGCCUUUUUCUAUUUUAAUAUGCCUUAAUGCUGCCAAAUGUGUAUUGCUAAGUGUCUUUACCCUUAUAGAGACCAUUAAUUUGGUCCAAACAUUUGUUCAAAAUCACGACUCAAGAGUGCAGAAAGUCCACUUCUCGGUGGUGUGCACCGCUCAAAAACAUUGCUGCUUGAACUCGCUAUUCAAGAUUACUUAACUCAUUUGCCCCUAAACUGCUUGUAAAUGCCCGUGCAGAUCCAUGUCCCUUCCACUGCUUGUGACAUCAUUAGUUUUAACGAUCAAUGACAACUUUAUCAGCUAAUGUGUGCAGGGUAAAAAGAUCUUUCAAACCAUACCAGAAUGAACACGUUUCAAGGAGGCCAGAGAAAAAGGCAAAAAAAAACAUGUAAUGUUGACCUGAAAACUCCUUUGAAAAUCUUUUUCCACCACCCACCUACCUUUCCUUUUAUCUAAUCCAUCCUAAAAGCUUUCCAAAAGACUUUUCCCACCAAAAUGAAGCUUACUAAAUGCUUAGCAGCAGAAAAAAAAAUGAGGCACUAGAAGCAAAAGGAGAGGGGAGGAGAGAAAGCGAAAAGUAAAAGUCAAGACUGCUGUGUCACUUUUAAACCCCAAAACUCUCUCAAAAUUUUGCUUUCCAUGCAUGCCCCAACUUUGCACGCUAGUCUUGUAUAUUACAUCUGGAUCAGAAGGCCAUGACGUGUAUGACCUGUGAACAGCUUUGUGGUAAGUAGCUAGACUGUGACCAGAAAACAGCCUUGCUAUUGUAGCUUCAAAACAUGAUUUUGGGCAAAAUUCAUGCCAGGAGAAAAUGGGUUAAUGUACAGUGUACCCAGCAGAGCUCGCUCCAGCUCCCUUCUAAAGACUUAGUACAGCAUGCAUUUAAAAAUAAUGUUCUUUAUUACAUAAAUUUAUGCUUAAUAUAUAAUUGAGCCUCCCCAAUGGGCUUUUCAGUUAGGCUGGAAUGAUUGUAACAAACUAACCAAAAAAUGACAUUUUUUUAUUUCAGCCUACACUGGAACAUCGCUUUGAAUCAUAUUUUAACUACUGUGACUUGUUCAACUAUAUACUGAGUAAGUUUUGUCAGUUGGUCAACUUGUCAGUAACUACAUGCAUGAUCUACUACUUUCACGUUCCCCAACCUGCUAUUUGUCUUCCCUAAAAAAUUUUGCAUAAGUUUUGUUUACAAUUUCUCAAGGGAUAAUUGUUUGUCCCAAGAAUCACAAAAUAGAGUUCCUCUACUGCGAUUUAUUUCUAGUUUUGUUUGGAAUCACUUUAAUUUUAUUUGUGCUUUUGUCUUAAGCCUGGUUGUUACAAAAAGCCCAGUAUUAUCAUCUAGUUAGAACUGCCGGCAUAAAUACUGCAAAGGUGGUAUCACUUUUAUUUUCCAGUAAUUGACAAAAACCCAUACUACAUACAUUUUCUCAGAACAUCUGGGUGUUAAGAUAUUAUGGGCCGCUUUCCAUUCAACAAAAAUUCUUGUCUGAAAUUUUGGAAAUUCCACGUGCCCAGUGGAAUGGUGCAUUCCGGUUGCACAGAUUGAAACAACAAUUUUGUCGAAUGGAAAGGGAUAUUUCGGUGCAACUGCCCAAAAUGACCAGACCAGUCAAAGUGGACCACCUUAAAAGGAGGUCCCAAAUAUUCCAGUCAGACUGAAUGGAAAUGGUCUGUUUUAUUUGCUGAUUUCUAACCGAAGAAUUUUAUUUCUAAAAUAUUGAGCUGAAUGGAGUGGGCCUUGUUACUUGGCUGAUGAGAUGAUGAGAGAAAUAUAUUUUAUCUUUUUUUUUCAGACACAGAUGAGCCAGUUCCCCUUAGUCUCCCAAAUCAGUGGCUGUGGGACAUUAUUGAUGAGUUUAUUUAUCAGGUUAGCCUUUGAAAAAAAUAGUCUUUUAUUCAAAAGAUUUUCAACAAACAGGAAUGUAAUUUAAUGAACUGGUAGCAAACUUGUUGUUUUCCUGUAAUCCGAUCGGUCAACUUUGUCUAAGUGGCCCCUGGUACACUAGUCACGCUGUAAUCCUUGUUUUACAUAGUGUGUAAUCCUCUGUGGAAGCCAUGGCUUGGUUGUGGGAAUUGCCAACCAUCAGCUCAGUUUACCGUCUCAUGGGUGCUGCUGGUCGCACCGGAGGCUCCCUGAUAUCCCAGGCCUCCAUUUGCCAUACCACAAUGGUCUAGUUGUUAAUGUAAUUUAUUGUUAGGGGUCAAACAAGUCUUUGUUUUGAGAUGGCUUUGCAGUAUUUGUGUAGCUUCCCUCUGUUUUGUAGCACUUGUAUACAAAAAUGGGAUUUUAUUCAAUUUAUUACUUUUUACAUAUAUAAUUUUGUACUGUCAGCAAUUUCUCAAUGCCAUGUGAGUACUAUGUCUUACCAUUUUAGUUCCAGGCAUUCAGUCAAUAUCGAUCAAAGCUCCUAAAAAAAGGAGAAGAUGAAGUUGGAACACUCCGAAACAACACCAAGGUAAAAAAACCCAAACCAACAAACAACAGCAAAAAAACAUAAACAACAACAAGACAAGAAAAAGAUGGCUUAUCCUAUUGGAGUUUUUGGGCUUCGCCUUUAACCACAGACUUUCCACACUUAAAGAGGAAAUGUUAAAUGACUCCAUGUGUGAAAGGGGAUGGUUAACGCUUUUUCCUGCAUACAGUGUCAGUACAUCCCUAUGUACAAUGUACAUGUAGCUCCUCUACUGUGGUCCUUAUCAUUUAGCUUCUUUCUUUCAGAUCUGGAACGUUCACAGUGUGUUGAAUGUAUUGUAUUCAUUAGUAGAGAAGUCCAGGAUCAAUAACCAGGUGAUUAUCAUCAUUUUAUAUUGAUACUAAUCAGUAAAUACCUGUAAGUACUAAUGCUAUAGGGCUGAGUCAAGGCCAGAUUGGUUAGUAAUCAUACACUUCAUCAAGCAAAUUAGACAACCAUGAAAUCACGAGUAUGACUACAGUUAGAAUUAUAUGUCAAAAAGGUUUUUUUUUAACCAACCAAUCAUGUCUUCAACAAAAUUUGAUGAAGGUAAAUGGCUUGUCCUCUUUUGUUUAUUUUCACGUAGACUGUCCCCUAGAAGGAUAAAUCUAGUGCAAAAACUUCUUCUACUUCUGUUGGAUGCGAAGCUGCUUUCCACUGGAAGUUGUCAUGAUCAUCACUAUGAGUUUUAUACUGGGUGUACAGAAGCAUGUGGCUGAGUAGAUCAAGGCUUGAAACACCAACCUUUUCAGAUUUGACAUAUAUAUAUUUAUAAAAAUUAUGCACAUGCACUAAACGGACAUUCUUGCUCGUAAAUUAGUGAAGAGCUAUUGUUUAUGAAAGUAUUCAACUUGUAGCAGGGUUGUCACUAAGAUUUCAAGUUGCCGGGUAUUUGUUGUUAGUAGCCGGGGAAGUCACAAGCAGUCAUGGAGACCCGCCCACCCCCAAGAAGUUUUUGAAGUGCAACUUCUACCGUUUUCCAAAAGGUAUUCCCGCCCCAAAAAAGCAAUCUUCAUCAAGAGUACAGCUAUCAUUAGCAGGUUUAUGAUGAUCACGUUUUUAUUAAAGAAAACUACAACAUUCUGAGACACUAAAAUAAUAAGUUUUUACUUUGCGUAAAGGCUCGUUAGAGGGUCUUUUUAGUGGCCGCCAAAUGGGAAUAUACAUGUAAGCACCGGGUCUUAAAAAAAUGACAGGUAGGCACCAGUCACGUUAUCCACGCAGUCUUAUCUUCACACGCAGAUAAUGCGCAUGCUGGCCAGUGAAGUGUUAAAUCACAACGAUACUUUACAAAUGUUAAAAAUGUGGAAAGGACAAUCGAUUCUUAUAUGGUGCAAAUGAAUUAACAUGCGCUGUAAAAUCAAUUGUUUUAUCUUCAUUUAGUUAUACGUAAGAAUGAAACAAGAACUUACCGAAAACAAAAGUAAAACUAAUAUUACAAAUGAAUUAACCCACGGAGAAGCGGAAAGACGACAAGCGGACAAUGAAUGUACGAAAAAGCAUCAUAAACAUAAGGUUACUAUGGUUUGUUGAAAAAUAAAAGUAUGAUAAGGCUAACUUCCCUUUUAUAUAUAACUUCUUGGAAGCAGAACUGAGAGGAUGUGAUCAUGACCUGCGAACAAUGAUCAAACAUUUCCCGUUGACCGCGCGUUAUUUUAUAUACUCGAUACCUAAAGCUAAAUGUAGACCAGGGGCCCGUUUCUCGAAAGUCGCAGUAACUUAAUGGGCCCGGUAAGCUGUCUCGGUUUCCAUUAAAGAUAGAGGUUUCAAUAGUUUUGCAUCUAACAUGAUAAAACUAUCAGUUAAAGGAACAAAAUGGAGUAGUUUGCUUGCCAGGAGCCGCGCUCUUAUUCUUUUUAUUGCCAUUUGAAUAUUUGAUUUCGGGCCCGAAAAGUUACCGGGACUUUCGAGAAACGGGCCCCUGGUCACUUAAACGUCAAUUCAUUAAACAUAGCAAUCGGUCAUAGUCUUCAUCUUCAAAGCCUUCAUCAUAAUCCUCAUUAUCAUCAACAUCAGCAUCAGGGAGAUUUAACGCUCGGAUGAAGCCUCAACUUCUUCUGUGAUGUCAACAGAGAUCUGCUCAGGUCUUUCAACGUGAACAAAGAGUGCAGAUUCCCUUGCCACUUCUUCGACAUGUUCAACACAAAGCCGACACAACGGUUGAAACUAGGGACUUCUUAGCAUUGACAAAGGUGACGGCAGCGAAAACGUCACUUUUAAAAUGAAUUGGCGUUUUUUCCAACUUUUCGUCGCGUUUCAGUUCAAUUCGCUGAAAAUAGCUAAUCUAGGCUAAUUUCCGUGGAGUUGAUUUCUUUGGGACCGCACUCAAGUUUAGAAAGAGAAAGAAAAGUUUGUCAUCGCUUGUUUACGUCCUCCAUAAAAUGUGAAACCAGGCAUUUUCACGUCGUAGUCGCGCAGUAAUGGCAAAGAAAUGUACAAAAAAGUGUGAUGCAUGUGCAAACUAGUUGUUUUGCUCAAUAAACCUAUUGCUUUUUUGACGUUCUCGUUGCCGUCGCCGUCGUCGUUGCUAAAACUCCCUACUGACAUUUCGCGAACGGAGAGUUUUAGCACGUGUGUACUAGUACCAAAUCUAAGUCAGAUGUCUUUUUCCGACAUUUCUUAGUUUUUGCACGCAAGUAUUUCAAAAUUACUUAAACCUGCUGCAAAUGAACCUUGCAUUUAGUUUGAAGGGUAGUCUUUGUGUGUUUGAAAGGUGUGCUCUUUUGGUUUAAUUUAACGACGAAAGUAGCCGGGGGCCAUGCUCUGAGUAGCCGGGGGAAAUCCCCGGCCCCCGGCCGUUAGUGACAACCCUGUUGUAGACAAUGGAAAUGGUACAGUGGUUGAAAACUUGUCUCUCCCUCUUGCAUGCAUGCUAUAUGUACAUGUGUUUCUAAAUCUUUGCUGGAAUUUGGCAUUUCACUUUGCAGUGAGACUGUUGUAUAAUAGUUAUGUUCUCAGGUUUAAGCAGUAAACAACCCAGUUUGAUUCAGAAUUUCUUUUGUUUAAUGGCCCUAACUAUUUUUAAAAUUUUGUAUUUUAUUGUCUACCUUAACUUUACUAGUGGAUUAAUCAGUAAACUAGCCAUAUGGCUAAGCAUAUUUACCACGUAAAAUAAAGUGUUCAUGUCGUAGGAGGAAAAUGAAUUCCUGUUUUAACAUGAGAAGAGAUUUACCCACAGCAAAACAACUAGACUUUACAUUGUGUAAAAUCUGUUUGUUAACUUAAUGUCAUCAUAAUGCUGUCAACCUCACUGGGGAACCUUUAGAAAAUCUACAAUGCAUGUAUAAAAUCCACCAAAAGUAGAAAUAUAAUGUGGUUAUAAAGUGUCUUUAAUUUUUGUAGCUAGAGGUAUACAACCAAGGUGGUCAUCCUGAUACAGUGGCAGGCGAGUUUGGAAUUCAACCUCUCUACAAGAUGCUGGGUUACUUCAGUUUGAUUGGUCUGUUACGGCUACACUCACUUCUUGGAGAUUACUUCCAAGCAAUCAAAGUUCUAGAGAAUGUAGAACUUAAUAAAAAGGUGGGUUACUUAUGCACCUGGUAACUGUCAAUACGGCCAUUUUGAUUAACUGAUUUACAGUAUUGUGGUGUUACAAUUUAGUUACUUCUUGCUUGCUUUAUAGGCUGCAAAGCAGUCUGUAUACUUGCGUAGGCUAAGAAUGUGCAAGCGGUCAAAUGAAAGGUGCAGGGAUAAAAAAAAGAGCAAGACUGGAGAGAAAUACAAAAACUGACAUUUAUUUUUUUUCUCUUGCUCCAACCACCAGAGACUGACGCUGGAGCUCCUUGUCCUAAAAAUAAUCGAAAAAACGGCUGUUUUGCAGUCUAUUUGCAGUACCACCCCAUUGCUUGUGACUUAAUUUCAUGUUCACUGUUCUCCUUUCAGAGUUUGUACUCUCGAGUCCCUGCCUGUCAGAUCACCACCUACUACUAUGUGGGAUUUGCUUAUCUCAUGAUGAAAAGAUACCAGGUUAGUAUGAAAAAGUGAAAGCAGACUGCAUACUCUUACUCUGGAACAUUUGAAAAUGAAUUGCAUCUUGUUGGAGUAUACACAUGUACAACACUGUUAUUCCCUUUACACAAAUUCACAUUACAUUUCUUUCUUAAGGUCAAUAAAAAUUCGCUGAUUUAAACAGUACUAAUAGUUCUUAAUAAAACCUUUCAAUUCCAUAAAGUGACAGUAACAUUGCCAUUAACAGUCAUUUUUAAUGGCUGUUAAUGUAAGACAACAGUGGUCAGUCAUACAAAAGUUUUAAGAUGCAUAAAUUUAUUUUGCAUUGUUGAAUUUCAGGAUGCUAUUCGCAGCUUCUCCAAUAUACUGUUGUAUAUUCAAAGAACCAAGAACAUGUUCCAAACCAAGUCGUACCAAUAUGAACAGGUAGAGAAUUACAGGCUGUGAGAAUUGUUCACAAUUAUAUUCUUAGACUAGUAUGGUCAUUUGUAGCUAUAGGCCACCACUAAACCUGAGUAUGAGAUCAUCGAUGACCUGGCUACAAAUUGUGACCGAAUUGUCAAGGACAGAACACUCUCUUUUUCCUUUAGCAUGAUGUAGGUGAUAAGUACCACACCACAAAGAAUCUAAAGUUGCACCUUUCCUCUCACAAACAAAAUUUAGUGUCUUGAUUUUUAAUCAAAUUAUUCUUGUUGGUGUUCAUACUAAAGAAAUGAUUAAUUAAAAAAUAUAUAUUUUGAAACGAAUAAAGAAUGAAUAAAUUAUUAUUAAUUUAGUUUUGAUGUGAUGGGUUCACGUCAGUGAUCAGUCAUAUUUUUUUGUGUCAGAUCAUGAAGAAAAAUGACCAGAUGUAUACUCUGUUGGCCAUUUGUCUGACAUUAUGUCCACAGGUAUGUCAUGAUUAAUUUCUAUCUUCAGUGUCUGCUCUUUUGUAAAAUGCUCGUGACUAAUGAUGCGUGGAAAAAUGUUGUUUGAGGAGAGAUUAUUGUAUAAGACCUAAAAUGGACCAAAGCAAGGUUUUCAUUGAGAAUUCUAGUAGCAAGAGGCAGGUUUAACUUUACAGGAGAAUAUUUUGAAAGAGGAUCCAUGUCUGAAUAAAAGGUAGUCAUAGGCUACCGAAUGUUAGAAUUCUGUGCAGUAAACGGAGAAUUGUCUGAUCUCUGAUGCUUAAUGAGCACCACAGUCUGGUAUAUAUACAAGGCUAAGCAUUAAGGGUUCCAGGGUCUUAGCGGCACACCUUCAUUCUGCGAAAAUUCAAAGAACCCCUCUCCCCCUCUCAAGUAUGAGAGGUGGUUACCUAGGGCUAGUUAGUGACAUAAGUACUCUUUCGAUUAUGCCAUCUUGCACUUGCCUGUGGUUCCAGAAAUUCAAAGUCAGGCGAUUGUUCAUUCUGUGUGAGACAUUAUUUUCUUUUUUACACUUUGUCUUAACACAUAGGUAAACAUGAGUCUGCUGAGAAAACUGGAGACAUUUCAAAAUAGCCUACCAGUUUCCCUGUGAGAUGAUGUCUGAGGAACAGCUGCAGAAACUUCAUACUAGUGAUGUGUCACUACCCAGGUCUGGGUCACUGUAGUACUUCUGACUGGUCAUAUCUUAAGAGAAAUUUGCUUCAACCAAUCAGAAGCACUACCCAGAAGUAGUGACACAACAUCAGUAUGGAACUUCUGCCAAGUGGUGUUAUUGCAAAAUGUCAAGUGUUUUCUCAGGCUAGAGUCUGCAGAGAUAAAUACCCUUUCUGACUCAUUUUUUGUUUCUGUUACAGUAGUUAUAAUAAUGUUGGUGUGUACUGACAACAAUGAUUAUUUGUUAUUUUGGUAAACAAAAUUAGUAAAUUGAUAUCAUGAAGAAUAAUAUUAAGUUAAUUUUUCUUUCAGAGAAUUGACGAAAAUGUUCAUUCACAGCUUCGUGAGAAGUUAGGUGACAGGUUACAGAGGCUUCAGCGAGGGUACGUUUAUUCACUUGUUAAUUUCUGCUCAUACUUGAACCUCAGUAGCACAUCAUGGCUCUGUAAAACAAACACACACUUCUUCCUAAACCUAAGACUCAUUUCUUAUUUAGCGUUACUUUAUUCCACAGAGAUAUGCAGAUGUUUGAAGAAUCAUUUUCCUAUUCUUGUCCAAAGUUCAUCUCUCCUGUUCCUCCAAAUUUUGAUGCACCACCUGCUAAUUUUAACAGGGUAAGUUGAUACAAGUAAGCUCUAAGAGGAGCUGUGUCAUUAAAUUAAGCAAAAUUCUAGCCUGCAUAGUUAGAUUGCAAUAUUUUUUUAUAAUUCGGUUUAUAAUUUUUACUACCUUUUUUUCAGGAACCAUUUAAUCUGCAACUGAAGGUUUUCAUGAAUGAAGUUUCACAGCAAUCUCUUAUACCAGUCAUUAGAAGGUGCACAUUCAACUGGACUAUUAAUUUUUCCAUUUAUAAUCUAAUAAUCCGCUGAAGUCAGUUGUUUCCUUUUAGAAAAACAUGCAUAAAUAUGCAGAUAAACCUAGUUUACUUGUAUAGAGCUAUAAGCCCCCUUAAGUCUCCUACACAGUGAGUGAAGGUGGUUUGUUCCAAAUGGAACUUCUUUGCUGCGAUGGUGGGGGAGUAACAUACAACGAUUACAUAAUUAUUUGGGGGAUAUAGUAAGUGAACUUAGGGUGUGUUCCUUUGAGAUGAUCCUGAUCAGGAUCAGUAAUCUGCGAUCACCAGGAUCAUGUUAGAUCAAACACUUUGGACAGGGAUUCAUCUGUUCAUUUGAUCUACUAUGAUCGGAGUGAUCUCGGAUUACUGAUCCUGAUUCGGAUCACCCCAAAGGAACCCACCCUUAAAAGCCCUUUGUCAGAGCAAUUUGGCCUAUAUAUCUAAGUAAUAUUUAUUGAUUAUUGUUUUCCUUUUUAAUUCCCAGUUACUUGAAGCUGUACACAACAAUGCCCAUUGCCAAGCUAGCAGCUUUUCUAGACAUGGUGAGUUAGAAAACGUUUAGAGGCAUGGGAACUCACAAUAAGAGAGGGCAUCUAAUAAAUAAUGUCAAAGAUCUAGUUAAACCACAAAACCCCCUCUUUAAUCUGGUUAUAGGUAAAGACAUUCUUUAUGAAGAGCUGGCAAGCAGACUAGUGACUUCACACGGAUGUGACAGAAACUGUCAAUCCUACACCAGUCGUUUAGCCACCAAUAAUGCUGCUCUGGCCAACCAGAUAGCCAGUAAAACUAGGAUAAACAUGUAGGGUCAACUCUGAGCAAAACAGUUCUACUUUGUGGCUUUAUUUCAUGUGUUUAUAUUCUUUUACACUACUUUUGCUUUUCUUUCAGGAUGAGAACCAAUUCAGGACUCAACUUCUCUGUUUUAAGGUAAGUGUUGUUUGCCAUGGUUAGACCAGUGUAAAUGGCAAAGUAAAGGGCACAGCAAAUGUGAUUUCAAUCCCUGGGCCGGAUUGUUUGAAGCUGGGUUAAGAUAACCCAGGGUUAGUCCAAAAUUUGAACUCAGAUAUGAGAGCUUAAAAAGCAAAUUCACUUUAAUUCUCUUUGCCUACAAUUUGAUGAUUGGAUACUCUAAAAAUGAUAGAGAAAAUUAUCCAAGAGAGUGCUUUUGAUAAAAAGAUACAGAAUCCUGGGUUAAGUUAGCGCUAACCUGCAUUCGAACAACUGGGCCCUGUUGUGUACUGUAGCUGUAGGCAGAAUCUAAUAUUUCUAAUUUUUUCACAGCACAAACAGAGAAACCUUGUCUGGACCAAAGGAACUGAUGCCCUUGAAGGAGAACUUCAGUCGUCCUCUGAGGUAGACUUCUAUAUUGAUCAGGUAAAAAGUGAUUGUAUAAUUAUGUUAUUUAUUAAACAUUACUGUAUAACCCUAGGGUGCUUACCAUUUGACAGAAAAAUCCACUUGGGGUGUCAAAAGCAUAAUAGUAAGCGAUUUACCAGUUAACUGCAGAAUUGCCUCAUCCGUUACAGUUUGAAUCCAAAAAGGGGUGAAUUUGUGUAGCAUGAAUCUGGAACUGAGAAGGAACCAAGAAGUUGGUUAAAGGGUCCAAGCAACAUUUCCGUUUGGUUUUUUCCAACCGGAAUGAAUGGACUUUGGUUGGUACUUCCAACAAGUGACCUCACCAUUUACCUUCCAUUCGGAAUUUACAAAAUUUUCUGUCAAAUGGUAAGCACCACAGGUAGGAUAAAGAACUUUCAAGAGGGUUGGAUCACAACACUCUGGGUGUCAUGAACUUAUUAAAAUGAGAAUGGAGAAAUCCGGUGAACAAGGAAGUUUGGAAGGAAAUGCCUGCAACAGUUAUUGUUUGGCAGGUCUUUUAUGCUCAGUUUCUUCUUCCUCUCUUGCACACCCCUUGUAUUCUCACAAACCUAAAUUCCUCUUCCCCUUUCAUCUUGGGUGCCUGCCAUGCAGGUCCAAACUUAAAAUGACUGCAAUAUUUAAUUUGAAGUUAAUUGUUUCAAGAGAUAUGGCCCAAUGAAUUAUUAUUUGCCAUCAUUAUUGUGUAACCCUAAUGUUGGCUGCAUUAAGUGCCCUUGAUGAAAAGUAAAUUAAUAAAAUAAUAAUAAUAAUUUUAUUGAUAUCAAUGCUAGCUAUUUCAAAAAAUCCUAUUUACAAUAAUUGUUUCACUUGAAAAAUACUAUUCCGUCAAAACACUUUUUUACAAUUCCUUCCCAUUAAAAAAUACUAAGUUUUGAUUAGUAUCAAAUAAUUAUAAUAACAAAUUAUAAUAAAACACUCAAUGAUGAGUUGCUUAAUUUCAGGACAUGAUUCACAUUGCCGACACCAAGGUUGAGCGGCGGUAUGGAGAUUUCUUCAUUCGCCAGAUUCACAAGUUUGAAGAGGUCAGUCAGAAUUUUUCAUGA